UUAUAGUAGAAUGAUUACGGUACUGUUGCACCAUGGGAUUUCUGAAGUCUGCAAGUCUGUUUCUUUUUAGGAGUAUAACAACAAUGGCACAGUACAAAUUCAUUGAUAUCGGUGUGAAUCUGACGGAUCCCAUGUUCAGGGGAGUCUACAGGGGGAAACGAAAACAUGAAGAUGAUUUUGAUCAGAUCAUUGACAGAGCUCUCCAAGUCGGUGUUAAAAAGUUCAUGAUCACUGGAGGAAACCUUGCAGACAGCAGGGCGGCCCUGAAGCUGGCUGAGACUCGAGAUGAGUUUUACUGCACCGUCGGCUGCCAUCCCACCCGCUGUGCUGAGUUUGAGCAGAGCGGAGACUCGGACUACCUGUCAGGGUUGAGGGAGCUGGCAUCAGCGCACAGAGGGAAGGUGGUGGCCAUCGGAGAGUGUGGACUGGAUUUCGACAGGUUGGAGUUUUGCCCAAAGGAGACUCAGCUAAAAUACUUUGAGAAACAGUUUGACCUGGCUGAAAGCACCAGGCUUCCCAUGUUCCUCCACUGCAGAAACUCCCAUCAGGAGUUCGUUGACAUCAUGAGAAGAAAUCGAGACCGAUGUGUGGGAGGAGUGGUGCACUCCUUUGAUGGAACUGCAGAAGAGGCUGCUGCCAUACUUGACAUGGACCUCUAUAUCGGCAUAAACGGGUGCUCCUUGAAAGCAGAAUCCAAUCUUGAAGCCAUGAAGUCCAUCCCCACGGAGAGGUUAAUGAUAGAAACAGAUGCUCCGUGGUGCGGCGUCAAAAACACGCAUGCAGGUUCUCAACAUGUUAAAACAGCUUUUCCCACCAAGAAGAAAUGGGAGGCGGGACAUUGCUUGAAAGACAGAAAUGAGCCCUGUCAUAUCAUACAAGUUCUUGAGGUGAUGGCAGCUGUAAGGGAGGAAGAUCCAUUGGAGCUUGCCAACACAAUCUACCACAACACCAUGAAAGUCUUCUUCAGCUCCGGCUGAGGACAAAGAGAUGCCCUCGGAGUGUCAAUGUGCUGCAGUGACAGACGUCUGCUUAAAAAAAUAAGAGAUGCUAUCCUGAAAUAAUAAACAUUUGUGUCUGAAAUA